AUAUAUUAAAAUGGCAAUGAGUCAUGGUUCAUCGAUAUUGGUUGGAUCCAUAAUCUACAUGGUCUUAGGAGUAGCUGCAUGUUUUGGGUUCAAUACUUAUGUCACUAAAAAAACCAAGAAUCCUCAUGAUGUUCCCGAAAACAGGACGUAAUAAUCUAUUUCAAUAUAGAAUAACCCUUGUAAGUGUGACGAUUGCUACAUUUUGUGCUUGGUUAAUGUGGGUUGUUGCAUAUAUGGCAUAAAUGAAUCCAAUAAUUACACCAGAAUGGGAAAACCAUUAACCUAAAUCAGAUAGUUGAGUAUUGUAUUCAUAUUUCAUUAAAAAAUAUAUUAGAUUUGUGAUAUUUAAU